ACUGCGAUGAGGUGUCGACCGUCGACCAUGUCUUCUACUAGUUUAAAUAUAUUAUUGUUCACAGUGCUAUGCUUAUUAGUGAGAUCUAAUUCACAGACAGUUCAUAAACGUUUCGAAUAUAAAUAUUCGUUUAAACCGCCGUAUUUAGCACAAAAAGAUGGUUCAGUUCCGUUCUGGGAGUACGGUGGAAAUGCGAUAGCAUCGGGCGAGAGCGUUCGACUGGCGCCGUCGCUGCGCAGUCAGAAGGGCGCGAUAUGGACGCGCACGCCCAUCAACUUCGACUGGUGGGAGGUGGACGUCAUGUUCAAGGUCACGGGCCGGGGACGCAUCGGCGCCGACGGGCUGGCGUUCUGGUACACGACGGCGCGCGGGGAGUACACCGGCGAAGUGUUCGGCUCGUCGGACCGCUGGAACGGGCUGGGCGUCAUCUUCGACUCGUUCGACAACGACAACAAGCACAACAACCCCUACGUGAUGGCGGUGGUCAACGACGGCACCAAGAACUUCGACCACAAGAGCGACGGCGCCACGCAGUUGCUGUCGGGCUGCCUGCGGGACUUCCGCAACAAGCCGUUCCCCACGCGCGCGCGCGUCGAGUACUUCCUCAACACGCUCACCGUGCACUUCCACAACGGUUUAACCAACAACGAGGCAGACUACGAGCUGUGCUUCCGCGCGGAGAACGUGGUGCUGCCCCGCGGGGGGUACUUCGGGCUGUCGGCCGCCACGGGGGGGCUGGCCGACGACCACGACGUCAUCCACCUGCUCACCACUUCCCUCCACACCACGCAGCAGGCAGGCAGCGGCCAGCAAAUCAGCAGCGCCGACCAGCAGAAGCUUUCCCAGGAGUACCAGGAGUACCAGAAGAAACUCGAGCAGCAGAAAGAGGACUACAGGAAAGAGCAUCCCGAUGAAGUGCGAGACAAAGAGGGAGAAUUCGACGAUUGGUUCGAGUCUGACGGUCAGCGGGAGCUGAGGCAGAUCUUCCAAGGCCUCGGACAGAUCCAGGAUGUCAUGAGAGAUCUGCACAAGAAAGUUGACGAGGUGAUCGGCAAGCAGUCCAACUCGCUGUCGCUGCUGUCGGCCGUGUACAGCCACGCGCAGGGCCAGGGCUUGCAGGCCGCGCCCGGACAGCCCGCACAGAUGCCGGCGCUACCCAUCAGCCGCCAGGACUGGGACCUGAUGAGCUCCAACCACCAGCUAGUUAUCAACACCAUCGCGGAGCUCAAAGGGUUCAUCAUCGAUGUGGCGCGCAAGUCCGACGCCCUGCUGCAGGGCGGCGGGGCGGGCGCCGCGGGCGCGCCCAGUCCGCAGCUGCUGAGCGAGAUGAGGGACGGCAUCAACGUGGUGAAACAGACCGUCGCUGGAGUGUCGCAGAGGCUGUCGGCGCCGCCGCCCGCGGCGCAGGCGCUCUGUCCGUCCGUGUCGUGCGUGUCCGCCGCCACGCUGCUGGCGCUGCUGGGCGCGCACCUCGGCCUCAUGUUCCUGUACGCCGUCUACAAAGAAAGAAAGGAAGCUCAAGCGAAGAAAUUCUUCUAAGUGAUGUUUGUGUGCAUCUCAUACUACGGGCGGACAUUGCGCCGGUGCGGGCAGCGAAGCUUCUGCUGAGACUGUUCGAUGACGUGUCUGAGAACUGACAUUUUAUGAUGGUUUACUUUGAGAUUAAAUUGAAAGUAAUAUGCAAGCGAAAAUGUAUAUUUUUGUACUACUUGCUAUAAUAUAAAAAAAUCGUGUUGUCUUUACGCCAUUUUUGUUUAUCUGUGUAACCAAACUGGUCGUUACUUUUAAGGUUUAACUUUGUUUUUAAUAUCAAUUAUUAACAUUAUCUUUUAUCAUCUCCAGGACCAUUUGUGCCAAAUUUCAUUAAAAUCAGUUCUGUUAUUGAACUGAUAUAGGUAACAACCAAAUAGACAAACGGACACACUUUCGCAUAUUUGAUUGAUUCACUUGAUUCGUUUUUGUGUUGUUAUUAUGUUAUAAAUUUCUACUAAGAGAAAACUUGGUAGGUUCUUUAAAUUUUGGGAUGCUAAUGUGUUUCUAGUUUUUGUAUUCAUGUGGCAAGCAAUUUGUGUCAGCAAAUUCAUUUAAGUUAGGACAAUUAUUUUUACAUUUUAUUGCAAAAUAAUUUAAUUGGUAAAAAACCCAUUUCUUUCAUGUAACAAAUAACUACUUGUGUCAUACACAGUUUUUAAGUGCAAUUAAUUAUUAUUACAUUUAAGUAUGGGUCCAAUAAACUGCAAUACCCAUUUUGUAAUAGCUCGUUUCAUCUUUGACUGCAAGGUCAUUUGGUAAUAUAAGAGAUCGCAGUAAAAUAAUGUGAUUUUAAAAACGUUUUAAUAACAUAAUGUCAAUCAAUUUCUUCGCGCAACACGUGUCUUUAUAUCGCUGCACCUGACAAAACCAAAUCUGGCAUGUUGUUGGUACUCUUUGAUAUAUGACGAAAUUUUAAUACUUAAGGCGUUGAAAUAAGGUAUAAAGUAAUUUUAGGCUCUAAAAACUUCCUUUGCCGUGACUGUAUCUUCGGUACAGUAUCGGUCGGUAAAUUUGUUUUUUUUUUAUACACUUUUUGGAUCAUUUUUAUCGAAAAAUAAAUGUUAGGUUGUGUUGAAAUUGCAUUUCUGUAUUGAAUACUUAAAUUAAGUACCCACUCACUAACCGCUGGUUUCUGAAAUGUUGAUCAAUGUUUAAAUCGGCGAGUCCGUUAACAGAGCAAGCCACUCGUUUAGAACCUGCACAGUGCUUGAUUUUUAGGUCUAGUUGGAGACACUUCCACAAAUCUGAGAUUCAGGUCGAAAAACCUUUGUAUGUGAUUUCUAAGGUUGCAAUCGUAGUUUUUAUUUACGUAUCAAACACUGUAUCGUCACCGUUAAUAGGAACCUAUGCACCUUGGUAUACAUUACUUAGUAACAUCAAAUUGGUGCACACUUCUCAAUGCCAACACUAUUUGUACACUACCCAAUAACAUAAGUACCACACAACUUGCAACUAUAAAUUGAGUAAUAAAUAGGCAUAUUACACGGUUUAUAUUAGCUUUA